AUGUACCCCGGGUCAACAGCCAAGGCCGCUAUGACAUCCACAUCAGCUAAGACCUCAGCCCUACCAAUGGCAACAUCCAUGGCCGCUACGAAAUCCACAUCAGCCACGACCUCAACCCUAGCAGUGGUAGCAGCCAAGGCCGCAACAAUAUCAGUCAAACCCCAAUCAGAAUUCAGUGACGAAGAUGAAAUACACCAACUUGGGUUGGAAAUUGAAAGAGAUGUCAAAUGGGAUAAAAAAAAAACACGAAAGAACCCACAUCUCUCGUUAUUUUUAUCUUACUUAAUCUUUGAUCUGUGCAAACAUAAAGCUCUUGUGGAAAAUUAUUUGUCCAUCAUAACAAAUGCAUGGCAAGUGGCUGAUAGCACGUUCACUGAUGUGACAACGCUAACAAAGAGAUCAGUUAUCCGAGAGUGUUACCGAAGCAUGUGUGAGAAAGGAAGUAGACAUAUUUAUAAGAUUCCUGGUCGUUAG